AUGUUGCUUGGAAGAAAACUGACGUCUGUGCAGAACACUGUAAAGUACCUUGGAGCAAACCUGGCGUCUGUGCACAGCUCUGAGGAGUCCCAAUUUCUACAGGCGGUGGUGUUGAUCAAGACUGGUGAUUUCCCUCUGACCUGGAUUGGAGGAUAUGAUGCUGUUCAGGCAAAUGUGGAAAAGGACAGGCUAUGGUUCUGGAGUGACGGAUCUACAUUUGAUCACCAGAACUGGGCGAAAGACGAGCCCAAUAACUAUAACGGUGCCAGAGAGCCAUGUGUUCAGAUGAACUUUGGAGGUAAACAUGCCUGGAAUGAUGAAUUAUGUGGAAGGAGAUAUCCCUCUGUGUGCUCCAUAAGGACCUGUUCAAUACAUCAAACUAUCAACUGA